AAAAGGCGAAGAUAAGUGUCAGCAAGAUUAAUGCAUAUUCAGAUGAACCUGCGAGCUGUAAAAUUAUAUAGAUCGAAAACGAGCGGAUUACUGAAUGCUAUCGAAUCGAUUAAUCAAGAGACUGAAAUUUCGGUAAACCGAUUUAUUUUACAACUGAUGGGCCAGAGUCGGUCUCCAAUUGUAUGCGGCAUGAUCGAGUUGGAUUUGAUGUUCCUGGGAACGAUAGUAAGUGCACUCACGACGUACGUUAUAUUUUUAAUACAAUUCGAUUUGGGCUCUGUGACACUUUCAGCAACAACUGGGAAUUAUACCGGCAGCUCAGCCGGGGUUGUUAUUCCGACGCGGAUGCCGUAGAACAAUUGCA